AUGCUGGUACAGAGGUUUAAAGCUUAGCUUAACCACGAGAUACAAAACGAUAAAGUUCACUAUAAAAUCACAGUUACUAAUUUAAAUAAUGAGAAAGAAACUAAAACAACUACGAGUAGGUAUUCUGAAAUUAAAGAUUUUCACGAUCAGUUGCACAAGAAUAUUACUCUAUUAAAACUAUAAUUGUAAUUGCCAUAGUUCCCAGGGAGAUCUCUCUUUAGCAAAACCAAUAAAAAUGAGGAAAGAAUUCAGCAAAGACAAUUUGAAUUAGAAGUUUAUUUUAAUGAACUUUUAAGCAUUGAAAAAAUACUUAGUUUAACACCAUUCUAACAAUAUUUACCCCUAGAGACUGAUCAAAAAUAAUAGUAGAAUAUAAACAAUAUCUUUAGAAUGAAUAUUACUAUAAAGAUUGAAAACUAUGCUUUGUAUGAUGACGUAGUAGUGUAUUCUCUUCGUUUCAAGAAUAAUUAUACAAAUGAUGAAUGGGUAUACAAACAAAGAUAUUCUGAAAUCAAAAAUAUACAUGAAGCCCUUAUAGAACAGGGAUUCAAAAACAAAUUACCAUAGUUUCCAACAAGGAAAUUAUUUGGGUAAACUCAUGAAAAACCAGAGAAUAUCGAAAAGAGAAAGGAGGACUUAGAGACUUAUUUGAAUUCUUUGUUCUGUACUUAAGAAAUAUAAGAAAGUUAAAUCAUAAGAUUUCUUAUAUCAGAUUCAAAAAAAUAUCACGAGAAGAAUUUAAAGCUUGAGGAAUUAAAAAAGGCUUCUACGCUUAAAACUAAAGGUGAUCUGAACUAAAGAGUCAAAGAGAUUUCAAAGAAAUCAAACCUUUAAACCUACUAAAAUAAGUGA